CUAAAAAUGGAAACCAAACUUUUAGCUUCUCAAAAAUCAAAUAAGUUUAUUUUAGGAGUGUUUAAUCGCUUUAAAAGGCAAAUUGAAACAUAAAAAUUGGUGUUUUGCUUCAACACCGAUUUUUGUUCCCACUGAUUAGUCUUACUUUAUUAAUAAAGCCAUCAUUUUCGAUUUUAGCUUGUGAUUCGCCUUAAUCAUAAAAUCGAAACAAAAUGUGGAUCAAUAUUAGAUUACUCUGUUCACACAUGCAUCUGUCUGAACGUUUAUAUCACGAAACUAGUCGUGUUUCACAACACGCCCACCUUGUUUAAACACUGAUCUGUAUUUGAAAUCAUAAUAAUUUUAAAAUGACGGGAAAUCAAUGGACGAACAUAUUUGUAAUUAAGGUAUACAGCUUAUAUUGGUACAGCCCUGAAAAUGCGUAUACGAAAAUUAGUCUGGUUGAACAGUUUCUAUUUGUAUUGUCGACGAUUGUAGUAAUAUUUGGCCCACUAUGUUACCUACUGAUAAUGAAGGAAUUAAACUUUAUUCAAAAUGUGAUUAUGAUAUCACAAUUCUCAUCGGGUGUCAUCGCAUGGAUAAUAGUAAUUUACAUAAAAUAUUACACCUUUGAAGGUGUAACUGAAGUUUACAGUAUGAUUAGCAAAAAUUGGAGAGUUUCUCUUGAUAAUUAUCACGUGAGUCGUGCCUUGAUGAUUUGCACCAGAGGUUUCAAGUGUUUAGCGCUGUGUUGUUUUAUAAUAGCAAUAAUUAUAUUUAUUACAAUAGAAUUUGAAGAGUGUGAUUUGGUAUUAGAGCCUUUUUCAUGCGGUUACAUUUUGCCAAGUUAUUAUUUCGUCAACCUGAAAAGACCUUUCCGAGAUAUUGUCAAUGCAUGUGUCGCUAUAAGUUACGUGUACAUUUGUUUACCAAUAGUGAAUGCGUUAUGGGCAUUAUUGCUUAUCAUGAAAUAUGUGGAAGUAACAUUUAAUGAAAUGGCGCAACAAUUAAGAGAAUUAAAAUUUAUUUCCGACUGGGAUAUUAGAAAUGGACAACUUAUAGAUCUAUAUAAUUUACAAUUGUUUAUUACAAGAUUAUGGAAUACCUUUAACGAUUUGUAUAAAUUACCGAUAUCAAUACAUAUAUUUUCCUGCAGCUCUAUUCUCUCGAUGUCAAUCAUAAGCACAUUUAUGGCAUUUAAUAUUAUGGCAAUUGUGCUAAUUUGUAUUUUUUCUGGGGAAAUCAUUUUAUUUGGACUUAUAGGGGAGAAACUUUCAGAGAUAAAUGAAAGAUAUCGUAAUGAAAUUUACUUUGCAUGUCCCUGGGAUGGAGAUGUGAAAAGUAGUAAGCACUUAAUGCUGAUGCAUUUAAACUCCAAUGAUAUAAUUAUGCUUAAAAUUGGAACGAGUUUGAAAUAUUCAAACACGUUGGUAUAUAAGCUGUUUAAAUUGGCAUACUCGAUGAUUACAAUGUUUUCCAAACAACGUUGAAAUAUGGUAGAAAUUGUAAAAUGUGAGCAACGUAUUUUAUUGUAUUGUAUGUAGAGGUCGAUUGGCUGUUUGAGUUUGCCUAUGGAUGUAUAAUCCACUUUUGAAGAAAAUGUAAUAAUUCCAUAGUUAAUGUAUCUUGGAGCAAUUUAUGUUAAUGUGCUUUAAAAAUAAUAAACAAUAAAAUAGCUAGUUAA